GCAGAAUACGCAGUCAUGAAGCAGCCAAUCUGUAACUGGACUUGCUGUCUGUCCGUAUGCCUGUGCUGCUGGUUUGGGGGCCUGAGCGCGGCCUUCGCCACGAGGAACUCCAGGCCCAACAUUGUGCUGCUGAUGGCGGACGACCUUGGGGUGGGGGACCUGUGCUGCUACGGUAAUAACACAGUGAGCACACCGAAUAUCGACCGCCUGGCAAACGAGGGCGUGAGGCUCACCCAGCACUUGUCAGCUGCUUCCAUAUGCACCCCGAGUCGGGCUGCCUUCCUGACGGGCCGGUACCCCAUCCGAUCAGGAAUGGCAUCUCGCUUCAACCUGAACCGCGAGCUCACCUGGCUUGGAGGCUCGGGCGGUCUGCCCACCAAUGAAACGACUUUUGCCAAGCUGCUGCAGCAUCGUGGCUACCGCACGGGGCUCAUAGGCAAGUGGCACCAGGGUUUGAGCUGUGCCUCUCGGGAUGAUCACUGUUACCACCCCCUCAACCAUGGGUUCGACUACUUCUACGGGCUGCCCUUUGGCCUGAUAAGCGAUUGUCAGACGUCCAAAACACCAGAGCUGCACCGCUGGCUCAGGAUCAAACUCUGGAUCUCCACGGUGGUGCUCAGCCUCGUCCCCCUGCUGCUCCUCAUCCCCAAGUUCGCCCGCUGGUUCGCCGUCCCGUGGAAGGUCAUCGUCACCUUCGCUCUUCUUGCCUUCCUGUUUUUCAUUUCCUGGUACUCCAGUUACGGGUUUACUCGGCGUUGGAACUGCAUUCUUAUGAGAAACCAUGAAAUCAUCCAGCAGCCGAUGCAGGAGGAAAGAGUGGCUUCCCUCUUGCUGAAGGAGGCUCUUGCCUUUAUCGACAGGUAUAAACGCAGCCCCUUCCUCCUGUUUGUGUCCUUCCUGCAUGUCCACACUCCACUGAUCACCAAAGAGAAGUUUGGGGGGCACAGUAAAUAUGGACUUUAUGGGGAUAACGUUGAAGAAAUGGAUUGGAUGGUGGGUAAGAUCCUGGAGACCCUGGACCAGGAGCGCCUGGCCAACCACACGCUGGUGUACUUCACCUCAGACAACGGCGGUCGCCUGGAGGUGCAGGAAGGCAAGGUCAAGCUGGGUGGUUUCAACGGGAUCUACAAAGGUGGCAAGGGGAUGGGCGGAUGGGAAGGGGGCAUUCGUGUCCCAGGAAUAUUCCGGUGGCCGACCGUCCUGGAGGCUGGGAAAGUGAUUGACGAACCAACGAGCCUCAUGGACAUUUACCCGACACUGUCUUAUGUAGGUGGAGGGACAUGGCCGCAGGACAGAGUCAUCGACGGUCGGAACCUAAUGCCCCUGCUGGAAGGCAGGGCGUCCCACUCGGAGCAUGAGUUCCUCUUCCAUUACUGUGGGGUCUACCUGCACACAGCCAGGUGGCAUCAGAAGGACUGUGCAACCGUGUGGAAGGUCCAUUACGUGACUCCCAAGUUCUCCCCAGAUGGAGCUGACGCCUGCUAUGGGAGUGGAAUCUGUUCGUGUUCUGGAGAUGUCACCUACCACGACCCUCCCCUGCUCUUCGACAUCUCCAGAGACCCUUCUGAGGCCCGACCUCUUAACCCUGACAAUGAAGCUUUAUUUGACUCGGUUGUCAAGAAAAUCGAGGCGGCCAUCAAAGAGCAUCGCAGGACGCUCACACCUGUCCCACAGCAGUUCUCGGUGUUCAACACCAUCUGGAAACCAUGGCUACAGCCCUGCUGUGGGACUUUCCCCUUUUGUGGGUGUGACAAGGAAGAUGACAUCCUUUCCACUGCUUGGUGA